AUGGCGGCGGAGCAAGAACCGGUGCGCCCCCUCAAGCGACUCCGCUAUGACGCUCUAGACAGCACGAUGGGGGACGGCCACCGGAGGGACCCGGCGCACGCGCUUCAGCUUACGGCACUGCCCGACCUGGUCGAUCACGCCUGCCAGACGCUCGUGCUGCGUGACCACCGCCCGCUGCGGCUCGCACUGACCGUGCUCCUUCCACCGAUGUAUUGGGACUGGUUCAAAGCCGUCCAAAGCGCGACUUCGCCACCAGAGUGCCGCCUGUGGUUGCUGAGGAUGAGGACGAGCUCGGGUGUGAAGAGGACGACGUCGACGACUGCGUUGAGCCUCUCGGCCCGGACGAAGUCGAGCUGCUGA